AUGUCCCAGGUGAAACAGGUGGGCCUGCUGGCUGCCGGGUGCCAGCCCUGGAACAAAGAUGUGUGUGCUGCCAGUGAAGACCGGUUCGCUUACUGUGCAACACUUGCUAUAUAUGUCUACCAGUUGGACCACAGAUACAAUGAGUUCAAGCUUCGAGCCAUCAUGUCAGAGCACAAGAAGACCAUCACGGCCAUAUCGUGGUGCCCACACAACCCCGAGGUGUUUGCCAGCGCCAGCGCUGACAACCUGCUCAUCAUCUGGAACGUGGCAGAGCAGAAGAUUGUGGCCAGGCUGGAUAACACCAAAGGCAUCCCAGCGUCUCUGAGCUGGUGCUGGAACGCAGGUGACGGCGUGGCGUUUGUGUCCCACCGGGGCCCUCUCUACCUGUGGGCCAUCAGCGGGCUGGACGCCGGCGUCACCAUCCACAAGGAGGCACACAGCUUCCUGUCCGAUAUCUGUCUGUUCCGCUGGCACCCCGUCAAGAAGGGCAAGGUGGUGUUUGGACACACAGACGGGAGCCUCUCUAUCUUCCAGCCAGGAUCUAAAAACCAGAAGCACGUGUUGCGCCCGGAGUCUUUAGAGGGGACGGAUGAGGAGGACCCGGUCACAGCGUUGGAGUGGGAUCCCCUGUCUACAGACUACCUCCUAGUGGCCAACCUGCAUAAUGGCAUCAGAAUGGUAGACUCAGAGGGGCUCACCUGUGUCACUACCUUCAGCUUCCCCAGUUCAGCUGCCUCUGUACAGUGUCUGGCCUGGGUACCCAGUGCACCUGGCAUGUUCAUCACUGGAGAUUCUCAAGUUGGUGUGUUGAGGAUAUGGAACGUGUCCAGAUCUACACCUCUGGACAACUUUAAACUGAAGAAGACCGGUUUCCAUGCUUUACAUGUGUUAAACUCUCCCCCAGCCAAGAAAUCCUUGAGCUCCAUCUCCCCGACAAAGAACCACUACACAUCAUCCACCAGUGAGGCUGUUCCUCCCCCUACUCUAUCCCAGAACCAGGCCUUCUCCCUCCCCCCGGGCCACGCUGUCUGCUGCUUCAUGGAUGGAGGGGUUGGGCUCUACGACAUGGGAGCCAAGAAGUGGGACUUCCUACGAGACCUGGGUCAUGUUGAGACCAUAUUUGACUGUAAGUUCAAGCCAGAUGACCCCAACCUGUUGGCGACAGCUUCGUUUGACGGGACCAUUAAGGUGUGGGACAUCAACACCCUCACAGCGGUUUAUACGUCUCCCGGCAACGAGGGUGUGGUCUACUCUCUGUCCUGGGCUCCUGGAGACCUGAACUGCAUAGCCGGAGCCACGUCCCGGAACGGUGCAUUCAUCUGGGAUGUGAAGAAAGGCAAGAUGAUCACACGAUUCAAUGAGCAUGGGAAUAAUGGUAUCUUCUGUAUCGCAUGGAGCCAUAAGGACUCUAAAAGAAUAGCCACAUGUAGUGGCGACGGCUUUUGCAUCAUUAGGACCAUCGACGGCAGGGUCUUACACAAGUACAAGCACCCUGCUGCUGUGUUCGGUUGUGACUGGAGCCAGAAUAACAAAGACAUGAUAGCCACGGGUUGUGAGGAUAAAAACGUCCGUGUGUACUACCUGGCCACCAGUUCUGACCAGCCACUCAAGGUGUUCACGGGUCACCUGGCCAAGGUGUUCCACGUGCGCUGGUCUCCUCUCCGAGAGGGUAUUCUCUGCAGUGGCUCAGAUGACGGGACUGUGCGUAUCUGGGAUUAUACCCAGGAUGCCUGUAUCAACGUGCUGAGUGGUCACACGGCGCCGGUCCGAGGCCUGAUGUGGAACACGGAGGUGCCCUACCUGCUGACCAGUGGCAGCUGGGACUACACCAUUAAAGUCUGGGACACCAGGGACGGAACCUGCCUGGACACCUGCUACGACCACGGCGCUGAUGUUUAUGGCCUGACUUGCCACCCCAGCCGUCCGUUCACCAUGGCCUCAUGUUCCCGGGACUCUACGGUCAGGUUGUGGUCCCUCACUCCGCUCAUCGCUCCGCUCCUGGUCAACGUCCUGGCUGACCACAGCUGGGACGAUAUCAUCGGCAACACGGAUCGGGCCAUGGUACCUGGUGCUACCCCUCUGCUCUGUGGGAAGGUGUCCAGAGACAUCAAGCAGGAGCUGGAUAAACUCUCCAGUGAAGUACGGAUGAAGAAACUCAGGUGGUUCUCCGAAUGUUUCUCUCCACCAGGGGGCAGUCAUAACCUGUGGGACCUGGUGUCAGUGAUCAAUGGGCAGGACGACAGUCUGCUUCCCCAGAGCUACGGCAAGGGCAUCAUGCACAUGAAACACUUGGUCCGCUUCAAAACCUCUGAGGCCCAGGAAUUGACCAUAGUGAAGAUGUCUAAGUUCGGCGGGGGGAUCGGGGCUCCCAGUAAAGAGGAGAGACUGAGAGACGCAGCAGAGAUCCAUCUGAGACUGGGGCAGAUCCAGAGAUACUGUGAGCUCAUGGUGGAACUGGGAGAGUGGGACAAGGCAUUGUCAGUUGCCCCUGGUGUAUCCAUAAAGUAUUGGAAGAAACUCAUGCAACGAAGAGCCGACCAGCUCAUGCAGGAAGAAAACCAUGAUGUCAUCCCGUACUGCAUCGCCACGGGAGACGUGAGGAAGCUGGUCAACUUCUUUACUGCCAGGGGUCAACUGAACGAGGCGCUGCUAGUGGCUCAGGGAGCUUGUGAAGGCAACAUCCACGUGCCUCAGACCGCCGUAAUCAGCCAUACAACCACUACAAACAGCGACGACAUACAGGCAUAUAACGGGCUACUGCAGUGUGUAUGUAAGGAGCUAGCGGAGUGGUAUUUCCAAGAUGGCCGUGCUGUGCUGGCGGCCUGCUGUCACCUGGCUGUGGACAACACUGAGCUAGCCAUGGCCAGUCUGAUCCGGGGUAAUGAGCUGGAGCUGGCUGUGUGUGUAGGGCUGGUGUUGGGAGAAUCAGCCAAUCAGGCCACUCACUACGUCCUGGAGCUACUAGCCAGGAAGUACAUGACCACACCCACCUGGGACCUGGCAGCUGACCUUCUCCAGAUGAUCCCAGACAACCAGGUCCUGCUGGCCAAGCUGUGUGCCUUCUACCCUGGGAGCUCCUCAGAGAUAGACCAAAUCCAUGAAAAAUGUGGUCUUCCCAGUCUGGAGGAGUGUCAGGCGUUAGCUGAGUCUGCUGUCAGCGAGGGUGACAUCUUCAAUGCUGUCAAGUACUAUCUAAUGAGUCCAGAACCCGAGGCAGCCCUGCUUGUUGGCAUCACCCACGUCAAAGAACAGCUGAGUGAUUCUGACUGGACCGUAGACUCUGUCCAUCCUAUCCUGGACCUUCUGGGUUACAUGAGAACGGACCGGCUCAUACUUGCCAAGUUCACUGAAGCUCGAAGUGAGCUGCUCAUCCUAUCUGGCUACAUCGGUGCACUGUUGGCCAUCAGAAGACAAUACUCCAGCAUCGUUCCUGCACUUUACGAGUACACCAGUCAGUUGAUGAAGAGGAGAGAGGUGUCUGUUCCCUUACAGAUAGAGCAACUCUCUGUAGAGCUGGAGGCAUGGAUGGCCUGCACACAGUCUCUCAUCAAGGGUCCUGAUGAGGCUCCCUACACCCCUCCGUCAGAGGCCCAGAAGGCAGAGCAUGCCCGUCUGCUACACAGACUCCAGGAGGAGCCACUCAGGGGCCUGGAGGGGCCCGACUAUGUCACAGGCUCCAAUCUGCCCAGCCACUCUGACGUCCAGGUCUCCUGCUUUACUGGACUCAGGAUCCAGGGCCCAGUGUUUUUCCUUGAGGACGGUAAAUCGGCCAUAUCAUUGAACGACGCUCUUAUGUGGGCCAAAGUGAACCCUUUCUCACCUCUGGGGACGGGUGUCCGUCUCAACCCCUUCUAA